UGCCUUGGCACGACACCGGGACGGGUGGAAAACCUAUGCGCAUGGCCUGCUGUUUGUUUCUAUAGAAACCAGUAACAAACUUUUUGAGAGAGAAAAAAAACUUGUUUGUAACCUUGACAGGAAACAAAAUACAACGAUGAGUCUCAACCAAUUUCAAAUUAUGAUUAACGACUGCCUUAUUGACACAAAACACGUGGAAAACGCUGCAAUAUUGGUGGCAAAAAAUGGAAACGUGACCGCUGCAUCUGCCAGGUUUCAGAUUGUUCCGCAGGCCCAGAUGUUUACAGACGCUUUUAAGGAUCUGACCGCCACAAGAGAGCGAGGAUUCUACUUCCAAGAAAAAUCAUACACGUGUGUCCGGGCGGACCGAAGCUCCAUAUACUGCAAAUGUGGUGUGCACGGGUUGAUAUUGGUGAGGACCACACUGUACGUAAUUAUUGCCACUUACAACGGGAGCAUGUACCCCAGCGUUUGUGUGGAAGCGGUUGAGAAACUAGCGGAAUACCUCAAAGAAAAGGGCAAAUGAGGGAGCUGAACUGCGGGUGAGCCGCGUCUAACAGCCGCUGAUAAAUGAUCGACAAAGCGAAGUGGCCGCCCCUUUCAUGGACUGUAACAGAAAGGAUGUCAAACUCAGGAGGCUUCUAUUCCGCGUGAUACCUGCACACCUAAAUAAUGCUCUGAUGAAUUUGAACAUAGUAGGAAAAACUUAUUAGGCUUGAUGGAUGGAACCUCAACAUUGACUCUUGCAGUUGGAUAUUCAAUCAGUCCAAUGUGCAAAUGUAUGUCAGACUAAAAUGAACUGUGUUGGUCCGGUACUGCAGUUGAUCAGGAGUGUAUUCUUUUGUAAACAUUCAUUUUAAGUUCAAAGCAAAAACUCAGCCACUACAACAGAUAUUUCCAGCAGUGCUGUUGGCUUUAUUCAUAAGAUAAAGACUAGGCAAGCAGAAUGCAACUCAAACACUGCACACAAACACUGCUUAACACUCCUGGGCAUGCUCAGUGGGGGUACUGCUCCUUUACCAGUAGUACCAUGACAUGUUGCUUAGAGGCAGCAAGCAUCACAUUCUUAAAAUGAUCAAGCUGUUUAGGAGGGAGCAUUGUACCAGUUCUUUAGCAACAAACUUUGUUUCAAUAAACAGGUUGAGAAAAAUGUGCUUUGAUAAAGCAAGGCUAUUCAGUUACUGUUGGAACUCAGAACUGGUGCGAAUCAUUUUGUGGGGCUUCUGGAAUGCUGCAUGUUCUAAAUAGGAGCUUGUAAAUCUUGGGACUUCCAGGAAACAGUGCACA